AUGAUGCUCGAGAUGGCCAAGAUUGCACUCGGACUGACGACGGACCACUCAGCAUCCACUACAUCGUCGCUAUCGGGAAGCGGAGCAUCGGAAAGCAGUCUCGGAACGGGCAGUCUCGGUAGCAGUAGCGAACAGUCGAGCACUGGCCCCGGGCCCGGUGGCCACAUAGUCAGUGCGGUAGCCAAGCGAGGCCGGCUCCUGAUACGGCAGCAGCGCAUUAAAAAGGAAAGCGACUCAUCCUCGACCGGUCAGCAACCGUACGAACCGGACACACCGUCGGACGACAACAGUCCCACGGCAACCUACGGUCAUCCGCAUCUGUUGACCGUCCCGUCGCACCACAGGUUCGAGCGGCAAGUAUCGGAACCGAUUAUGCCCCUCUCGUCGUCAGCAACCUCCGUCAUCGGGGGUCCGAUCGGAUCAUCAGGGGAGAGCCGCCCUGCAGGGCACGAGCGACCCCACGGUCACCACCUGGCGGUGCCCAGUCAUCAACCGUACCUUGUGAAGCAACACUCGCACCCCCUGUUACCGAGCCAAACGGGUGGCGGCUCGUCCGUCGGUGGCCACAGCCACACGGCACCGUCCUUCCAGUCGAUGAGCACGUACACCAUCCAACGGCAGCUCUCUCACCCGAACACCGGGCACGGCGCCACACCGUUAACGCUCGUGACGAGCAGUAGCGGAUCGACGCACUACCUAACACCGUCCUCUUCGCUGAAAACGGACUCGGACGAGGAGGGAGGCGGCAGUACGGUGACCACACCGUCGUCCACCAUUAUCCCGACCAUCCACUUGCAGUCCUCCGACAGCCGGGCAGCGGCCGGCGUCAGUCCAACGGUGGUGGUUGUUCCCGCCGAUCAGGCACCGUCGAGCAAUCCCUCGCGCACGAACAGCAGUAGUAGUGCGAGCGAGAAGCCAACCUCCGUUACCACUAUCACCUCCACACCGGCCAGUACGAUUCGCGUGAAGGGCGACGAACUUUCGCGCUCGAUCUCCACUCCUUUGACAUCGUCCCGCUCGAGCGAUAUCCCCGGGCUGGACAAUCCACGCUCCAGCCACUGCCCGGUAGUACGGGAGGGUCCGGCGCUCGGUUGCAACUUCUGCUGGAACACGAUCGACGCGCACGGACGCAUCCUGCGCCGCAAAACCAAGUACCACUGUCCCGAGUGCCAGACGAACCUGUGCAUCGUGCCGUGCUUCCAGGAGUAUCACGAGCGGUUGUCAGCGGAAAAUCCCACGCCCACCAACGACGGUGGUGGCGGUGGCGUUACGAAAUCGGGCCUGCGUCACUACGCCAAGUCCGGCUCGAUGUAG